AUGUCGAAGUUUUCAUAAUUUUUAGAGGACAUCAGUGAAUUCAAGGAAAGGCCAGUUAAAUUAAAACAAAUAAAAAAGGUUCUAAAGAUUAACGAAAAGAGUUUCCCUCCUUGCAAAAAUAUCUUGAAUUAUUAUUUCUAAGAAUUUUCAAAACGUACCAAUGAGGAACAUCGAACUAAAUGGCACAGAAAGGAUAAAAUUUUAUUUGUAUGGACUGUCUUAAAAUACUUUGAAUUCAUAAAUAAGAAUGAUUUAAACCCUUCUGAAGAAGAUUGGCAUUAUCUAUCAAAUGUCUUGGGAGUAACAGAAUAGCUAUUGAAUUUAAAGUGGAUUAGCAUGCUUAAGACAAAUCUCAAAAUGGCCCCUUGGAACACAGAGGAAGAUGAAAUAUUAUAAAACAUAAUUGCAGAUCCUAAUGAAAAUAAAAAUUGGACAUAAAUUACGAUAGAUUUCAAUAGAAUAAACCCUGCAAAAAUAGUUAGACAUGCUAAAUAAAUUAGAGAGAGAUGGAAUAACUAUUUAAAUCCGGAUUUGAAAAAAUCUGAAUGGUCAUAGCCAGAACAGUUACAAUUAUUGUUGUUAGUUGAGGAAAUAGGUAAGAGAUGGUCACUUAUUUCCAAAAAAAUAUCUGGGAGAACAGAAAAUUAGGUUAAAAAUCAAUACAAUUCGAUGAUGAAUACUUAUAGAAGACAAAAUCAGUUGGAUAAUGAAGAUGUGGCAAUUAAAAAAUUAUUGGCAAAUUUAUAAGGAAAAGAUUAUGAGGGGCCUUAGCCCUUGACUAGUAAACGGAUUAGAAAAUCAGUGAAUAAUAAUGGUAAUAAAAAUAAUGAAAACAAUAAUAACAAUAAUAACAAUAAUAAUAACAAUAACAAUAAUUUAGCAAUACCUUAGGUUUAAUAUGAUCAAAAGAAUAUGUAAGUUGAAAGUAAUGAAAUUAAAGAAGAACAUUAAUAAGAUUAAUAAUUACAAUAACAAUAAAUGCAAAUAUAAUAAUAAUAAUAAUAAUAAUAGUUAUUAUAAAAUUAAUAAUAAUAGAUGCAAUAAUAACAAUAAUAAUAAUCACUCAUGCUUGGUUUACCUGUAUUUUCUCCUAUGUUGCCUUUCUCUCCUUUACAUUAUUUAAUCUGUAUUUAUUUGUUUCUAUAUAAAGAGUCCAGUCCAAAUAAUUUAUCUUCACCAUAUGAAAUGCGAAAUAAGAAUUAUUCAAGCUAAAUGUAGUUAUUUGAUGACUUAAUGAAAUCAACCAAUAAUCUUGACUAAGGUGCACCUUAACCAGAGAUUCCUUGUUUAUUGAGGUUAUUUAAUUCGCCCGCAUUUAAUCAUUAAGGAUUUCCUUAUGCAACUAUGCCUUACUAAUAACCGACAUAACAGUAACCUGCAUACAAUACAAAAAAAAUAAAUAAAAUUUAAAAAGAAUUGUUAAAAUUUGAUACAGGAUUGAACAGAGAUUGA